GCGCGCACCCCAGUGUUUAGCGCACCUGCUCGCCCGCGCGCGCCCCCGGCGGUGGCUUUGGCAGGAGGGUGGAUGAUGGCGGCCUCCUCGCUGUGGAAAGGGCUGGUCGGGGUCGGACUGUUCGCCCUGGCGCACGCGGCCUUCUCCGCUGCACAGCAUCGUUCUUAUAUGAGAUUAACAGAGAAAGAAGAUGAAACCUUGCCAGUGGAUAUAGUUCUUCAAACAUUGUUGGCCUUUGCGGUUACCUGUUAUGGCAUAGUACAUAUUGCAGGAGAAUUUAAAGACAUGGAUGCCACUUCAGAGCUAAAAAAUAAGACAUUCGACACAUUAAGGAACCAUCCAUCCUUUUACGUAUUUAAUCACCGGGGCAGGGUAUUAUUCCAGUCCCCAGAUACUGUCCAUUCUUCCUCCAGUCAGGAUGCUUUGUCGUCCAGCGCAUCACUGAAGUUGCGAAAACUUGAACCUCUUCGCCGUUAAAAAGAUUUUUACAGAUUCUAAAAGUACAACAGGACACUGAGCUAUAAUAUUGAAGUUGAGGGUGUAAAACACUUUUUAAAAAAUUUCUGGGGCAGUAUUUAUAUUGAUCUUCCAGACUUUAUAAAAUAUAUAUAUUAUAAAUAUAUAAAUAUUAAAUAGAACCUUCUCUGAACACUGUUAAUGACAAUAACUGCAUUGUAGAUUGGCAAAACAGUUUAAACGGUUGCUAGAAUCAUGCUGUGAAAACAUACCAUUUAUCUUUCAUCCAUUAAACACUAUUGCAGUUAAUUUCACCUAAAACAAAUUGUGUUACAAAAAGACAGGUGAUGGUUUUUAUGCAACAAAAAAGCACAGAAGGGUUGUGGGUGGUUUGUACAGUUGUUUUGUUCACUGCUGAGGAAAGGGGUGUUCUGUGUUUAUUCUCUUCUCCCUGCUCUUCUCGCAAAAGACAACGAUUGUGUUCGUUCCAUGUCUUUGACACUUUAAGUUGUAACAUGCCCACAACUUGAUAUGAUCCACUUGGAAGGGAAGACCUGCCCAAAAUGUCUGAUCCUGUGGUAGGUUUUCUCAACCUGAAUUGUUGCCAGUGAUACAUAUGCUUCUUUUGUUUGUGUUCAGUAGUCUUGAGCAACCCCAAGAGACUCACGGCUUUUGAAAUAAGAAAAGAAAUGCAGUAGAUUAGCAACUAUGGAGAGGAGUGUCGAGUCAUACCACACUGAUCCCAUUUACUUCUUGUAUCAAGCCCUGCCUUCCCCAAUGCAGUGGGGACUGGAGCCAAAAGUAGGCCUGAAUUAUGCUGAGUCCACUCUUGCUGUGAGAAAAAUGAGAUGGCUACUGUGAAAUGUAGGAGGGCAGUAGCUAAGGACUAUAUGUUCAGAUAAGGGAGGGAUUGCUGAAUGACAGUUUUAGGACAAACAUUACUGUUUUUAGAACAUGCAUGGUUCAUUCAAAGGAAGCUAUGUUGAAGUUUCCCAAAUUUUUGCUGUUAAGCUGUGUAUUUUGAUUCACUUGUCUCGUUUAUUUGCAUAUACCACUUACUGGAAAGGUAAGAGGAAGUUUGGUUCAUAGUGUGGGGGCAGCUAUGUGUUCCUCACUGAACACGUUCACUGUGCCUCAUUGUUCUUUUUUAUAUGUGGUGUUUCAGAUCUAGAAGAUUUUUCCCUCCUGAGAUCUGCCUUGGAUGAGAGUGGAAUGUUCAGAAAGUGGCAAUAAAUUUGCUUUAAUUUGCUGUCCAUAUGAAUGUCCACAGAAUGUAACUGAUUUGCAUUGGUCACAGGUAUACAAGAAAGUAGACCUUCUUACCUGCCAUGGAAGGCCAUUUUACAUGUAUUUGCUGUCAGAUUACUUCUGUGUCGUAAAACUUUAUAUGUAUUAUCACUCGAGAAGUGUGGCACCAAUAUACAGGUUAAGCAUUUGUGCAUAUGAAUUGCUUGGCUGAUGAGCUUAUGGUAAAAGGAGUGUUCAUGCUUAUGUGCAUGGCUGUUUCUACAUGGGAAUAAUCUCAGUGCAGGACCAACGAUGUGGAUAAGACUGCCUUAAACAAAGCCAUUUGUGGUUAAGAAGACUUGUAGCUCUUCGGGGUUUGGUUUUUUUUACUUGAUUGCUUAUUUCACUUUCUGUUGGUUAUAAAGACUAUCUUUGGUGUCAGCCUUGGUGGUCUUUUAAGAUGCUGAGCUUUUGUCAUACCCGUACGUCAUUUUGCUUGUUUCCCUUGGGGAGGCAAACUUAACAAUGACCCAGUGCAUUGAACCAAGACCACCAGCUCCAAUAAACUUCUUAUGUAGUACUCAAAAUCUAAUUCAGGUUGCCUAACAGCUUAUAAGUUUCUAUUUUUAUGCCCAGAGCUAUAAAGGUUUUGACCUACUAAUUUAAUUUUGAUAGCCCCUUUAAUGGUCAUUACUCUAUGUUCUUUAAGUACAUCGUUAAUGGUUAUAUUGAAUAGUUUGGGAUUUUUACCCAGUUUCCACCCAAUAAGAUCCAGUUGAAUGGACUGCAUGAAUGACUGCUGCACGAGCCCCUUGUUGUGGUCCAGUUCCCCAUCUGAAAAAGUUCACGGCAGUGGGGAAACCAUCUUAAUCCACCUUUGUAGUAGAACAUACCUUGAAAUAAAUCCCCACUUUGUCCAGUGGAAUAUUCUUCCUAGUGGUUCUUUUUCAAAUUGCAGCCAUGAUUGCACACAGUUUCAUAUAAAUUGAAAGCCUUGUUAGAGUCCUUUGAGGCAAAUCACAGGACUGUGACAUUAACAGCCUUCUUGAUUUCUGAUAGUGAAGAAAGGGGAAAUAAAAGGCCAGCUGGUAGUUGGGAGGAAAUAAAAGAGUUCUAAAAUGCCAAGUAACUUUUCCUGAUGUUGAAUUUAUCUUUAAUAGCAUUUUGUAGAGGUCUUGCUUAUUAAUCAGUUUAUCUAAUAACCUGGUGGGGACCUGUUCAGGCUGCAAAAAAAAAACUUUAUCAGUGUUCCUGUUGCAGCAGGUAUUAGUAUUAGAUGGAAAUCUUGCUUGAAGCUCGAAGGCUUUUCCCUUUGAACCCAUCUGUGUUUAUAAAGUUUGUAGAACCUUCAAAACAUCUUGGCUGUUUAAUGUCACAAGAAAUAGCCUUCUUCCUCUUCAGCAUUGAUGGAUAUACCACAAAGAGGUUCAGGCUUUGUUAAUCAUUGUGGCUUCUGUGGAGUCUCACAUUGGGGCUGUGUGUGCACAGGCCAGCCACGGAAAAAGGAGCGUCCCUCCUCCCAAUGGCAGUUAACUGCCAAAAUUAUCACAUGACCAGGAGGAGGGGCACUUCUGUCUCAGUUCUCUUUUUGCUGACCCAAAGAGAGGAUCUCCAUUGCUGUUGUGUUUUUUCCUAACCUCAUUCUUGAGGCUGAGCAGACAUGGUUCUCUCAUCAAUAAUAAUAUUAGUGAAAAAUAAACUACAUUUAAAGAAGAA